GCAGACAGCGGGACCUGGGACUGACCACGGGGCGUUGAUCCUUCGCACCCACCUGUCCCAGACUCUCACCUUGAAGCCAACUCCGAACACACACUGACUUUGGGUCCUUUCGGGGAACCCUAAAUCAAUGCUAUGGAGAGCUCUGCGGGCUCGUGGAGGCGCCUUGAAGAUUCUGAAAGGGAGGAGACCGACUCAGAGCCCCAGGCCCCUCCAUUGGGUGGUCCGAGUGCCCAUUGGAAGAAUGCAGUGGGCUUCUGGAUCCUGGGGCUCUGCAAUAACUUCUCAUAUGUGGUGAUGCUGAGUGCUGCCCAUGACAUCCUGAAGCAGGAGCAGGCAUCUGGAAACCAGAGCCACGUGGAGCCAGGCCCAACACCCAUGCCCCACAACAGUUCGUCUCGGUUUGAUUGCAACUCAAUCUCCACAGCUGCAGUGCUCCUAGCAGACAUCCUUCCCACCCUCGUCAUCAAACUCCUGGCUCCUCUUGGCCUUCAUUUGCUGCCCUACAGCCCCCGGGUGCUCGUCAGUGGAGUUUGUUCUGCUGGAAGCUUUCUCCUGGUCGCCUUUUCUCACUCAGUAGGGCUAAGCCUCUGUGGCGUCGUUUUGGCCAGCAUCUCAUCAGGUCUAGGAGAGGUGACCUUUCUCUCUCUCACAGCCUUCUACCCCAGGGCUGUGAUCUCCUGGUGGUCCUCCGGUACUGGGGGUGCAGGGCUUCUUGGAGCGCUGUCUUACCUGGGACUCACCCAGGCAGGCCUCUCCCCUCAGCACACCCUGCUUUCUAUGUUGGGGAUCCCUGUUCUGUUGCUAGCCAGCUAUUUCUUCUUGCUCACAUCUCCUGAAACCCAGGACCCUGGAGGGGAAGAGGAAGCAGAGACCGCUGCCCGGCAGCCUCUCAUAGGCGCUGAGACGCCAGAGUCAAAGCCAGGUUCCAGCUGGGACCUCUCCCUCCAGGAAAGGUGGACAGUAUUCAAGGGCCUCUUGCGACACAUCAUCCCCCUGGUGCUGGUCUACUUUGCAGAAUACUUUAUCAACCAGGGACUUUUUGAGCUCCUGUUUUUCCGGAACACAUCCCUAAGCCAUGCUCAGCAGUACCGAUGGUACCAGAUGCUGUACCAGGCCGGUGUGUUCGCCUCCCGCUCUUCUCUCCAAUGUUGCCGACUCCGUUUUACCUGGGUCCUGGCCCUGCUGCAGUGCCUCAACCUGGCCUUCCUGCUGGCAGACGUAUGUUUGGGCUUCCUGCCCAGCAUCUACCUCAUCUUCGUCAUCGUUCUGUAUGAAGGGCUGCUGGGCGGCGCUGCCUAUGUGAACACCUUCCACAACAUUGCUCUGGAGACCAGUGACAAACACCGAGAGUUUGCCAUGGAAGCCGCCUGUAUCUCUGACACCUUGGGAAUCUCCAUGUCAGGGGUCCUGGCCUUGCCUCUGCAUGACUUCCUCUGCCGCCUCCCCUGACUUGGGUUGCUCAGCAAACGCUGGCCGACGGGCACAGGAGCAGCUCGCACGUCUGUGAGCUCUGCAGCAGGCCUUCUCUCUCUGCCACACUGGGGAGUGGGGACAACUACAGUCCUGCCCCACUUCGCCAAGGAGCCCCCACUGUUUCCCACUUUUGAGCUGGUCUCAGGGAGUUCUCUCUCAGCCUUAUGCCCUUCUAAUAAAUGCUUAUUUUAUCCAUUUACUUUUUGUGCAGUCUCUCUGA